AUGGCAUUUCUUCAAUUUCUCCGCUACUCGAUUCUUUUAGUCCAAAUUUCAUUUCCAUUCUCGCAUUCUCUCAUCUGCACUUCACAAAACCUGACAAACAAUCACUUCCUCUACAAAAAUUGCAUCGAUCUCCCUACCCUAAACUCCUACCUCCACUGGUCUUACGAGACCUCGAACUCAUUCCUUUCCAUUGCAUUCCUCUCGUCAACAACGCCUAGUGGCUGGACCUCAUGGGCCAUCAACCCCUCCGCUGCUGGAAUGAUCGGGGCUCAGGCUUUGAUCGCAUUUAGACGAUCCGAUGGAACAAUGUCUGUCAAGACCUACAAUAUCAGCUCCUACGAAACAGUCGUUGAGUCGGACAUUUUAUUCAAUGUCUCGAAUUUGUCCGCUGAUUAUUCUAAUGGAAUCAUGAGAAUAUUUGCUACACUGGCAUUACCAGAGAAUACGAAGGCGGUGAAUCAGCUGUGGCAGGCCGGUGGCUCCGUCGUGGACGGUGAAACACCGGGGAAGCAUGACCUGGAGGAUGCGAAUUUGAAUGCUAAGGGCAAGCUGCAGCUGCUAGAUCAUGCUAAGACGAUUAAUUAUGCUACAAGCGGUGAUGUUAAUGGUGACAUUGCGAAGCAUAGCAGCAAUAGUGGCAGUCGCAGUUUAGAGUUCGUGAGUACGAAAGUUGCAGUCUUCGUAAUGCUAUACUCUAUUUUUGUUGGAAUUUUAGAUUAUUGA